GCCGCGUGUCGUUUGUUUACGGAUGCUCCUAGGCUUUGAGAAGUGCGUGCUAAUGAUUUUAUUCCCUAAAAGAACAUAACAAUGGCUUCCUAGGAAAUAUAUUUUUCACGACCUAGAUCUUAAAGGAAGGAUCAACCUGCUGUAGGUCUUGCUAGCUAUCCUUAUCAAGUGGCCUCCUGUUUCCCCAGUUGCAAAGGGUGUUUGUCGGGGACACACCACACCGAUCGGGCUGGGUAAUGCGCUCUCUCAGCUACGUCCAGCGGGUCAGCUUGGAUUUCUCAGGAACGCUGUUCCCCCACGCUAUAUGCCUGGGCGAUGCUGACAAUGACACGCUGAAUGAGCUUGUUGUGGGCGACACGAGUGGGAAGCUGUACAUUUACAAGAAUGAUGAAUCCAGGCCUUGGCUUACAAGGUCUUGCGUUGGCAUGCUCACCUGUGUCGGAGUUGGUGACAUUUGUAAUAAAGGAAAGAAUUUUGUGGUUGCCGUGGGUGCAGAGGGCUGGUUCCACCUUUUCGACUUGAGUGCUUCCAUUGCAAAGGAUUCCUCCAGCCACCAGGAGGCACUGUUCGGAGAGGACCAGAAACCUUGCUUUACCCAGCACAUUCCUGCCAAUACCAAGGCAAUUCUUAUUAGUGAUAUUGAUGGAGAUGGGAGGAAUGAGCUGGUGGUGGGCUAUACGGACCGGGUGGUGAGGGCCUUCCGCUGGGAAGACUCCCCAGACAGCUCAGAGCUGGGCUGUGGCCAGCUGGUCCUUCUCAAGAAGUGGCUCCUGGAGGGGCAGGUGGACAGUCUAUCUGUGAACCCAGGCCCUGAAGGUGUCCCUGAGCUCAUGGUGUCCCAGCCGGGCUGUGGCUAUGCUAUUCUGCUGUGCACCUGGAAUCGUGAAGCUGCCACAACUGCAGGGGACACACCUGGCGGCACACCUAUGAGUGAAGGCGCCAGUAGGGAUGUCAUUCUUCAUCUGACAACAGGCCGUAUCCACAACAAAAAUGUUUCCACGCACCUGAUUGGGAGCAUUAGUAGAGGUUCAAAAGAUGAAUCCUCCAAACGCGGCCUCUUUGCCCUCUGCACAUUGGAUGGGACUCUGAAGUUGAUGGACAGUACUGAGCAGUUACUAUGGUCAGUCCAGGUUGAUCACCAGCUCUUCGCCCUUCAGAAGCUGGAUGUGACAGGUGAUGGACGUGAGGAGGUAGUUGCUUGUGCCUGGGAUGGGCAGACUUACAUUAUUGACCAUAAUCGGAUGGUGGUCAGGUUUCAAUUUGAUGAGAAUGUCAAUGCUUUCUGUGCAGGUCAGUACACCUGUAAAGAUGGAAGGAACAGCCCCUGCCUGGUCUAUGUGAGCUUCAACCACAAGAUCUACAUCUACUGGAGGGUGGAGCUGGAGAGAAUGGAGUCCACCAACCUGCUCAAGGUGCUGGAGGAGAGGCCAGAGUUCAGGGACAUCUUGGAGAAGCUUGGUGUGGAGCCUGAUGAUACCAAUGCCGUCAGAGACUUGAUCCACAAUGUACUCUACAAGGAAAACAAACUCAGACCCACUUGAAAUCAGUAACUCGUGUCUUUCUUUCUAAAUAUAUUUCUAUUAAUAAAGCCUGGUGUGAAAUGUC